AUGGUGGAUAUGGAGAAUCACUACCACCCCCCGUCACCCCUCGAGGACUCGAUGCUUGAUGGUCCCCUGUGCGGUGAGGAUGAUUUUAUGGGCAGCAUGGAAACACUUCAGGAUAUCCCCACAUCCAUCGAUGAGGAUGCCCUCAGCUCACUCGACGUCCCAGAGUACCAGUCCUCCCACAAUGGAUCUGAAGGUUCCAGUGUACUCGAUGCUCUGACACCAGCGUCAAGCCCGUCCUCUCUUUUCGGCAUGGCUGCAACCCAGGAGGAGCUCUCAUCUUCCUCUUCGUCACUCAAUCUGGAGUGUCGCGUGUGUUCUGACCGAGCAUCAGGGUAUCACUACGGAGUUCACGCCUGUGAGGGCUGCAAGGGUUUCUUUCGUCGGACCAUCCGUCUGAAGCUGGAGUAUGACAGGUGUGAGCGCCGCUGCAAGAUCCAAAAAAAGAACCGCAAUAAGUGCCAAUACUGCCGCUUCCAGAAGUGCCUUGCUGUGGGAAUGUCCCACAAUGCCAUCCGGUUUGGUAGGAUGCCCCAAUCGGAGAAGCAGAAGCUCAAAGCGGAGAUGGUGAUGGGGGAAAGGGAGGUGGUGAACCCUGAGGUCUCAGACCAGAAAACCCUGGCCAGGCAGAUCCACGAGGCCUACCUGAAGAACUUCAACAUGAACAAGGCCAAGGCUCGGACCAUUCUCACAGGAAAGACCAGCACCCCUCCAUUUGUGAUUCAUGACAUGGAGACGCUGCAGCUGGCAGAGCAGACGCUGGUGGCAAAGAUGGUUGGCUCGGCGGGGCCACUUAAGGAAAAGGAGGCGGAGGUACGGAUUUUCCACUGCUGCCAAUGCACAUCAGUAGAAACGGUCACUGAACUCACAGAAUUCGCAAAGUCCAUCCCGGGCUUCGCCAACCUGGACCUCAACGAUCAGGUGACGCUUUUGAAGUACGGAGUGUAUGAAGCCCUCUUCGCCAUGCUCGCCUCCAGCAUGAACAAAGACGGACUCCUGGUGGCCUACGGCUCCGGCUUCAUCACCCGGGAAUUCCUCAAGAGCCUGCGGCGACCGUUCAGCGACAUGAUGGAGCCCAAGUUCCAGUUUGCCAUGAAGUUUAACGCGCUGGAGUUGGACGACAGCGACUUGGCUUUGUUUGUUGCUGCUAUCAUCUGCUGUGGAGCUGCUGCAGAAACUUGCUGAUCUCCGGCAGCUGGUGACAGAACAUGCACAGCUGGUGCAGGAGAUCAAAAAGACAGAGGACACAUCCCUGCACCCACUUCUACAGGAGAUCUACAGAGACAUGUACUGAGGACUGCGAUAACCCACCAAUGGAUACAAACACAACAUUCAGAGAAGACAUGGAGAUCUCCAUCAAUCAGGGUUGAACCCUUUAUGCAUUGCUGUCUUUGAUAUGGCAGCGUUUUCUUCCACUUGUGGUAAGCUAAGAGGACUUGUCACCAGAGGACGGUUCCUUUGGUUUGUCAGGGUUCUCAUCACUCCUUUAUAAAAACAGAAAAAAGCACCAGAUGUGAUAUCAGUCGGAUUAAGCCACUUUACAGACUGUAGCUUCUCUGACCAUCUCAGCUAUUAAACCUCAGUGAGCCCGAAAAAGAAGGAAAGAGAGAGAUCUUGAUGAUUGCCACUCCAGUUUUGUCAGAGACUACAACUGUGCUAGAUCUCAAAAAGUCAUAUGAUGUUAGCAUCAAUUAAAGGACCUCAACCUGGCAGUGACAGUAAAAGCUAUGCAGUUUGAAAAUGAGAGAUUGACUCUACUAAAUUUGCUGCAAUUUAAAAGUGUCUAGAAUGUUAAUUUUCAUACGCCGUACAGCUAAAAAAAAUCACAAGCUAAGAUAUGAUUAGCGAUUUAGUACUUUUUCUAAAGGUUAGAAUAAUCAGAGACUAAUAUUCAGUUGGAUGUUAGAAAGUUUUGCAUAUCAGAAGCAUUAAUUCAUUAAUUAAUGACACCAAAUAUCUGAGCCUUUUUUUUGCUUUUCUAUCCAAAUACAUGCUAAGAUGGCCGACACUCCGUCCGUUGUUUUGUCCUUUUGUUCAAUGGCUUUUAUCAACCUUAACAGAAGCAUGCAGAAAUACAGAACUAACCACAAACAGGAACUAACCUGAUAUUUGCUCAGUUUUUCUAAAAGAUUAAGUGUUCACAAAGAAAACAGUAACACACACCCACCUACACACAAACACACAAAAGGGUGACAUUAUUUUCUUAUCUAGAAUGUUCUAUAACAGAGUGGCCUGACCCCGUCUAAUAUGUCCAGGCUGUUGAAGUUUUAUUUUAAACUUUUCUCUUCCAUCUUUUGUUUUUUUUUUUUUUGUUUAACUUCACCCACCCCUCACUGGCACUGAUAAUACUUGAGGUUUAGGUAACAUCUCUCAGCAAUAACUUCAGCAACAAAUAGGGUUUUCAGCUUGUCCUUGUUAAGGAAGAGCAACUAGAACCAGCAGGAUGAUGUUUUAAAAAAGAGUUUUUUUCUUAACAUUUCUGAGCAUUAAUUCCAGUCAUCAGCUAAUCUCUUGCAUGUUUACUUUUCCUCAUAUAAAACAGCAUCUUCUGCUUUUUGGUGUCCUCCCAUUUUUUGUCUAAGACGAACCUGCUAGUUUAGAUGUACCUUAUCCGGGGUCGGGUCGUGGGGUAGCAGCUUCAGUAGGGAGGCCCAGACGUCCCUCUCCCUAACCAUUUGGUCCAGCUCCUUUGAAGGAAUCCCAAGCCGCUCCCAGGCCAGCCGAGAAACAUAGUCCCUGCAGCGUGUCCUGGGUCUCCCCCUGGGCCUC